AUGUCUUGGAUCAUUGAUGCUAUCUAUUUUGAUGGGGUUGAAUUUGACAACGACACCGGUGUAGUGACGAGUCUAGACCUACGUGGUGCAUGUCUCACGGGUCCUCUCAAGGCUAAUAGUAGCCUUUUCAGAUUCCACCACCUCAGGUAUCUCGACCUCUCUUACAACUAUUUUUACCCAUCAUUAUUCCCCUCCGAGUUUGGUAGACUCACCAGCUUAAGGUUCUUGAAUCUUAAAUCUAGUGGCUUCGUAGGAAAUGUUCCAUCCUUAAUCAAUAACCUAAGCCACCUAACCCACUUGGACCUUUCAUUUAACAAGUUCAACAGUAGUUUUCCCCUCUUAUACAAUCUAACCAAACUUUCUUCUUUAGACCUUUCAAACAAUAGAUUUAAAGGAAAAGUGCCUGAGUGGUUAUGGAAUCUACCUUCUUUGAAGGCAAUGAUACUCUCCCACAACUCUUUCAAUAGUUUUGAGGGCUCCUCGGAAGUGUUCCUUCAUUCACCACUUGUGUACUUAUAUUUGAAUUCAAACGCCUUUCGAGGAUAUUUUCCUAUGAUUCCACAAAGCAUGAGGUACAUAGUUGCAUCAAAUAACAAGUUCACAGGAGAGAUACCUCGUUCAUUGUGCAAUCCAAGGAACCUGACAUUCCUUGAUUUAUCAAACAACAAAUUCAGUGGUUCAGUUCCAAGAUGCUUGAGUAAGUCACUAACAGUGUUAAAUCUUCGUGACAACAACCUUGAAAGACUUUCAGACAUAUUCUACAGAAGCAACUCGCUAAAGGCACUUGAUGUUGGCCAUAAUCAUAUAACCGGAAAGCUUACAAGAUCCCUUGUGAAUUGCACUAGUCUCGAGGUUCUAAACGUUGAGAGCAAUAGAAUCACAGAUACUUUUCCGUUCUGGCUGAAGGCUCUACCGAAUCUGCAAGUCAUUAUCAUACGAACGAACCGAUUCUAUGGUCCUAUAUCUUCUCCACCAAAUCCUCUAUCGUUUCCAAAGCUGCAUAUAAUUGACAUAUCGCGUAACAAUUUUACCGGAAGUCUACCACCGGACUACUUUGUGAACUGGAGUGCAACCUUGGUGAACAUCCCUCAAGAUCAUCAACGGCGACCAGAGUACAUGGGAGAUUCUUACUCACUUGGGUUUCAACCAUCCAUGUACGUGGCUAACAAAGGACUCCACAUAAAGCUGGAGAAAAUCCUAAGAACUUUCGGAGUCAUUGAUUUCUCUGGAAACAGACUUGAAGGACAGAUUCCUGAAUCAAUAGGUCUCUUGAAGUCUCUCAUUGUAUUUGACUUAUCCAACAAUAGUUUCACAGGUUAUAUCCCAUCGUCUUUGGGGAAGCUCACCAACCUUGAGUCACUAGACCUAUCGCGAAACCAACUCUCUAGGAGAAUACCUCAAGAGCUAGCAACCCUCACGUUCUUGGAAUACAUUAACCUAGCUCAUAACAGACUCACAGGCCAAAUACCACAGAGUACACAAAUUGGAGGGCAAAAUAAAUCUUCCUUUGAAGAUAAUCUCGAUCUUUGUGGUCUUCCUAUUCUAAAAGAUUGCUUUGGAGAAAACGUACCACCAACAACAACACUGACGCAACACUCAAAGCCGUGGAAACAAGAACAAGUGUUGAACUGGAAAGCAGCAGCAAUAGGGUAUGGCCCCGGACUCUUGUUUGGGGUAGCGAUCGGACAAAUGAUAUCUUCAUAUAAACCAAUGUUGUUCUUUAAGUUGUUUCGUCUUUGACAGGAAACAG